AUGAGAUUCCUCACGCUGGCGCUUAUCCCGAUCGUUGUGUACGGUGUUUUGAACCAGCUGUUCUACACGUGGUUGCCUGGCAACUACAUCUUCAACAAGAACGAGUUGCAGCAGAUCUGCGUCGACGCGAUCAAAAACCACCCUAACAACGUCACGGCCGUGAUGUACGCGGUGCAGGAGAAGAUGUCCGAGGUUUACGGCGAGCAGUACGUCAACAAGCUCAAUUUCGACGACUGGGUGUUCAACAACGCGGGUGGAGCCAUGGGCCAGAUGUUUAUUUUGCACGCGUCCAUUUCCGAGUACGUGAUCUUCUUUGGCACGGCCGUGGGAACGGAGGGCCACACGGGGAUCCACUUUGCCGACGACUACUUCACGAUUCUGUCGGGCGAGCAGCACGCGGCUUUCCCGAACCAGCUCGAGAAGAGCGUGUACCUGCCUGGUCAGGUGAAUCAUAUGGCCAAAGGAGAGUUUAGACAGUACGGGAUGCCACCGGGCUCCUUUGCGUUGGAGCUGGCCCAGGGAUGGAUCCCUGUGAUGCUGCCUUUUGGAUUCCUGGACACCUUGAGCUCGACGCUGGACUUUGUCACUCUGGGAAGAACCAUCUACUUCACCGGUAAAGACAUGUUGAAGAAUCUGGCUGCAGGUAAAUUCUGA